UCCUUGGUCUCGUUCAGUCUUCCCUCUUUCUUUCUUUUCCCAUUACCAGCCUUGGCUUGAGAGGCGGCUGCUUGUAGCAGAAAUCCCAUUACCACCUUUUUAUUCAUCACAUAAUUCAAAAAUUUCAACAAGAAAGUAUUAAACAGUUACUAUAUACAUGAGCAGCGAGUCUGGUAGAUGAGUGUGAAAGCUGUAGCCUAGUGCUGGAGAGGAUUGCCUGAUCAGAUUUUGGUUUAACUAAUCAUCCAUCUUGAGAUUAAUGGCUAUGAGACCACGUAGGUAUGCAUUUGGGGGCACGGAAGAGGCCACCCACCCGGACUCCAUGAGGGCCACCUUGGGUGAGUUUUUGUCCACCUUCAUCUUCGUCUUCGCGGGUGAAGGCUCUUUGCUUGCUCUUGAUAAAAUGUACAGGGAGACGGCCUUGGAAGCAUCCGGGCUGGCGGUCGUUGCACUAGCCCAUGCGCUUGGUCUCUUUGCGGCAGUGGCCGCUAGCAUGAACGUCUCCGGUGGACAUGUCAAUCCAGCUGUCACCUUUGGUGCUCUAGUCGGUGGAAGGGUCUCCUUUGUUCGGGCGCUCUACUAUUGGGUAGCUCAGCUUUUGGGCGCCGUUGUCGCCUCCCUUUUGUUAAGGAUCGCGACCGAUGGCAGGAGACCGAUGGGGUUCUCGGUGGCAGCUGGAGAAGGGAACUUGAAUGCACUUCUGAUGGAGAUAAUUCUGACAUUUGGACUAGUUUACGUAGUUUAUGCGACGGCUUUUGAUCCGAAAAGGGGCAGCUUGGGCACCAUUGCACCUCUUGCUAUCGCGUUCGUCUUGGGGGCUAACAUACUGGUGGGAGGGCCGUUCGAAGGAGCAUCGAUGAACCCUGCGAGGGCCUUCGGGCCAGCUUUGGUGGGGUGGAGAUGGAGGAACCAUUGGAUCUACUGGCUGGGACCUUUUGUUGGUGCGGCUCUUUCUGCCCUAAUUUACGAGUACGGUAUCAUACAUGAUGUAGAUCAGCCUCCACACCACCCCCACCACCAGCCAUUGGCGCCAGAAGAUUACUAGUGCCGGUAGUAUUUGCAAAUGAGCUUUGAGCAUUUGUUAAUAAACUCGAGAGUGGUUGUAACUAUGGCAUUGUUAUGUUGUGGUCGUUUUUGUUGUGCUCUA